AUGACAUUCUUCGAUGCCGAGACUGAGGAACUCGACAUCCCAACCAUCAAGAAACAUGCCGAGCGUCUAGCACGAGACGGCCUGGCCGGUUUGGUGACUAUGGGGUCCAACGGAGAGGCUGUCCACUGCACGCGCGAGGAGAAGAUGGCUGUGACGCAAGCUACCCGAGAGGCUCUAGACGCCACAGGCUUUACGAAGAUGCCCAUCGUCGUUGGAGCUACAGAAGGGAGCGUGAAAGGGACAAUCGAGCUCUGCAAGGAGUCUGCCAAGGCCGGUGGCGACUACGUGCUGUUGCUCCCACCAAGCUAUUUCCGUACGCAUAUGGAUGAGGAAGCUAUCACAGGGUACUUCACUGCCGUAGCAGACGGAAGCCCUCUGCCCCUCGUUCUGUACAACUACCCUGGAGCGGUGGCCGGCAUCGACAUGGACUCAGAUCUGCUCAUCAAGCUCGCCGAGCACCCAAACAUCGUCGGCACCAAGUUCACUUGCGGCAACACCGGCAAGCUGACCCGUGUUGCCCUCGCUACCAACGCAAAGACCCCGUCCUCGGAAGGAAGCGGCUACAUGGCUUUCGGCGGCAUGUGCGAUUUCGAAGUCCAGACCCUAGCAUCGGGAGGCAGCGGCAUCAUCGCCGGAGGCGCGAACGUCAUGCCCAAAGUCUGCGUCAAGGUCUGGAACCUGUACGCCGAGGGCAAGACCGACGAGGCCAUCGCGCUGCAAAAGGUGCUGGCCCGGGGCGACUGGUACCUCACCAAGGCCGCCAUCGCGGGCACCAAGCAGGCCAUCCAGAGCUACUUCGGCUACGGCGGGUACCCCCGACGGCCGCUCAAGCGGCUGGAGAAGGCCAAGGUGGCGACCAUCGCCGACGGCAUCAAGGAGGUCAUGGAGGUCGAGAAAUCGCUUUAG